AUGGUCAACACUCGAGCUUCAGACAACCCAACGUACGCAAACCAGGAGAACGCCCAACAACAAUUCUCUGUCCGAUCGUCAAAGGUGGCCCAUGAACUUGAAGAGCAUGAUGGAUCCAACAACACCUCUCCCCAUGUUGCGAAGAAACGACGGACUGGGUCUGUCAGCGAGGUGGUUCCUGAAUCAUCCAACGUGACAGAGCAGCCGUUGCCAGACAAAGAUUUGAAACAGGACGCCCAAAAUGCUACAGAGCAGUCAUCAAUAAUUUGCACGUCUCCUGCCGCCAAAGUUGAACCCAACGGAAGCCCUGAUGGUAACCUUGAGAAAAAGAGCGCAAACGGAUCUCCAACGGCGGUUCAGGCAGCUGCUGCAUCUACAUCUGCACCGGAUCAACUGGGACCGGACGUUGCGGAGGUGAUUUUAAAUAUUAUGAGUUAUUCAGAGAGGGUGGAGGAACAGUAUAAUCUCAGCCAGCAGCUGAAAAGCUCUGGCGGAGGGUCGCAGCCCUUAGUGUUCAUCAAGGCGAACUCGCAGCUGAUGACCAAGAGCUUGCCGAUACUAGAUAAUUUGUCAUCCCAAAUUCUUACUUUGCUUGCCCAAUCGUCUUACCAAGACCUGACCUCCAUUGUAUCCGAACCCAACUCCGAGUGCGGACAAGCUUACUCAACGAUGCGAUCCCUAUUCGACCAUACGAAAAACGUAUAUUCGUCUAAAGGAUCUUUUCUUUCACCACGCGAGCUUGAUCUCACUGAACCGAGCCAGAUGGAUAUAAUCAGAAAGGCUAAUAUGGCAUCAUUUGUAUCAAGCAUUUUCGGUAGCCAGGAGAUUGGGUUUUCUGAGCUUGACCAACACUUCUUGGAAAUAUUUGUACCCGAGGGAAGUCGAUUACUGAAGGUACAAGGUGCACUCUUCUUAGAACUCAAAACCCAGGCGUACAUCGCAGCAAUGAAUUCUGGAAAACGUUCACGAACAGAAAUUCUGUACGAAUUGUUUCCCGAUGAUCUUGAAGAACGGUUGCUUUCCAGAAGACCCGGUACAAAGCAACUUGCGCCAAGUGAGACGGACUUCGUGAAACGUGUUUUCUCGCGACGCGACAUCCUUCUCAACGAAGUAAACAAUCCCGAAGCCGCUUCCGCACUGCCACAAAAGUAUCGCUGGGAGGAUUUCUUAAAGGAUUUAAGUUCAUAUGUGAGCAAGAAUUUUGAGGCUAUUAGCCAUCAACAGACCAAAAAAUCGAGUAAGGGACGGCCGUCAACAAAUGGAGAGGCAAAAGAAGUUCGGAGCGCCUCUCUCGAAGGUCAAUUUUCUGUUGCCGCCCACCCACCUGAAGUAUCCCAAGUUUCCCGUAGUGCAGCACAUAGUGACCUCGUAGCAAGAGCCGCCCGUGCUGCUCAAAUCGCUCUCCAAGGUCAGGGUAGAGGGACACGAAACGCUUCUAAGGCUGCUCAGCAAGGUCGACAAAUUCAACCACCACCAGCAACUCAGGCUGUAGCCCAACUGCCACCUCAACAGCAGUCGCAGCCGCAGCCGCAGCCGCAGCUUCAACAACAGCCACAGUAUCCAUCACCCCAGACACCACAGCAGCAACAGGUACCCCAUCCUCAACACGCGCCAGCUCCUCCUGCGUAUAGGCUUCCUCAGAGUCCCCGCUGUCCAGCUUCUCAACAUUUGUUGCAUCAGGCCGCUAUGACAACAACAUUCCCUGCGCACCCGACACAUCCGGCACCGGCACCACCAGCACAAGCAGCCCAAAUCACAUUCCAUCAAGCCCCGCUAAAUUUUCAACAAUAUAAUCCAGCCACUGCACAUGCUUCAGUCACAGCAAGGGCACAUGCCGCUGCUGCCAACUACGGCUACAUGCCAGGAGUCCCACACUAUUCUCAAUCCCAGCCGACGCAAAUCCUUUAUGAACGAGCCAGGAUGGCAACUACAGCGAAGUCCUCGCCCGCGAACCGUCGUGCAGGACUUCCGAGCCAACGUCGUCCCUGGACAACGGAGGAAGAAAAUGCACUAAUGGCGGGUCUGGACAGGGUCAAGGGACCUCACUGGAGCCAAAUAUUAGCCAUGUUUGGACCUGGUGGCACAAUUAACGAAACCCUCAAGGAUCGCAACCAGGUGCAACUGAAAGAUAAAGCACGGAACCUCAAAUUGUUCUUCCUCAAGAGCGGCAUUGAAGUUCCCUACUACCUGAAAUUUGUCACUGGUGAACUAAAAACGCGUGCUCCUGCACAAGCUGCCAAGCAUGAAGCGCGAGAGCGGCAACGAAGACUUGGCGAUGAAGAUAAAGCCCAUGUAGAGGGCAUCGAAGGGAUGAUGGCGCUUGCUGGCGCUCACUCGGGAUCAAAUAUGUCUCCGGAGUCUGCUCACAGUAGCAUGGUUGGUUCUCCUGGGCUGAUGCCGCAGCAGCAACAACAGCAGCAGCAGCAGCAGCAACACCCUGAUAUUCAGCAUGCGCAGGAGCGAAGUGUGGAGCAGGCCAUAAUCCAAAGCUUAGAACAGGAGGUGAGACAGGAUGGGAUGCAUCUCGAGCAACAACCGAAGAAUAUGCAGCACACCAUGCCGCAGGGCAUGAUUGAUCCGUCCCUUCAAUCCCAGCAAUGA